GAGCUUGUGCAGCUCGAGUCUUCCUGAACUCAUUCAGCUUUCCCCUUUUCUUCUUCUUCUUCUUCUCUUUCAGAUUCCCCCCACUCUUCUGUCUCUUUCCUACUUGCGCCUAGCUCAACCCCAGCACAAGGAGAGGGAAACAAUAACGCUAAUUAAUCCUAAAAACAGACAAGAACAAAAAACCCCAAAUACAUAAAGAAAAAAAAAAACAACAUUUACCCUAGAUGGUCUACAAAUGAGAAGACGAAAAAGAUGGAACUGCAUAUUCUAGAGCACAGGCUAAAAGUAGCCAGCAUAGCCAAGGAAAACAUCCAGUUAUUUACCUAUGGAUUAAUCAAACUUGCCUUUCUAUCAUCUAAAACAAGGUGCAAGUUUUUCAGUCUCACAGAAACACCGGAGGACUAUACGAUUAUUGUGGAUGAAGAGGGGUUUUUAGAACUCCCAUCAUCAGAACACCUGAGUGUAGCAGAUGCAACAUGGCUGGCCCUUAAUGUGGUGUCAGGAGGUGGCAGUUCCUCCAGCUCUCAACCAAUCGGAGUGACCAAAAUUGCCAAAUCAGUUAUUGCACCUUUGGCAGAUCAGAACAUCUCUGUGUUCAUGUUGUCCACCUAUCAAACUGACUUUAUACUGGUACGUGAGAGGGAUUUGCCUUUUGUGAUGCACACGCUGGCAGCAGAGUUUACCAUACUGCAAGUGGUAAAUGGAGAAACUGUAGCUGCUGAUAACCUUGGAGUUACAAAUGGUUUUGUGAAACCCAAGCUUGUUCAAAGGCCUGUUAUUCAUCCACUUUCCAGUCCCAGCAAUAUGUUUUGUGUAACUAGCCUGGACCCUUAUACACUUCCGACUGUGACUACACUCCUAAUGGAUGUUAUGUUUUACUCCAAUGGAGUAAAAGAUUCAGUGGUGGGCAGCGAGGAGCCUGAUCAUAUCCGCUUCUUUUCCUUUUCCCUCAUUGAGGGCUAUAUCUCCUUGGUGAUGGAUGUACAGACACAGCAGAGGUUCCCUAGUAAUUUGCUGUUUACAAGUGCAUCAGGAGAGCUUUGGAAAAUGGUUCGCAUUGGUGGGCAGCCUCUUGGCUUUGAUGAAUGUGGGAUUGUUGCACAGAUCUCGGAACCUUUAGCUGCUGCCGACAUCCCAGCUUAUUACAUCAGUACCUUUAAGUUUGAUCAUGCACUGGUACCUGAAGAGAACAUCAAUGGUGUAAUCAAUGCUCUCCAAGUCAGCCAAGCGGAAAAACAUUAGAAUUUUUUAAAACUUUUUUUUUUCAUUAUCUGUGCAGUAUUUCAGGAGGAGCUCAGUUCUGAGAGGUGCCAUGAAGGAUGUGAGCUUAAAAAAAGAAGAAAUAACACUCCAGCAAGUUUUUGUUUCCUUUUAGUCAUAAUAUGGUUUCUCUUCUGUUAGUUUCCAAAGUGAUAUGUAGACUUUCUGCUAACUUAGAGAAAAAAAAAUAA